AGAGUGAGACAUAUUCAGAGUCUUCAUAGUGUUAAAUACAAGUUUGGAAUAUUAUUUUUAAGUUAUAAAUAACAUUUUUUUGGUAUCACUUGAAGCUGAAAACCAUGAGAAAAAAAGUAUGGUUUUUUCUUUGCCUUGCUUUCAUGGAAUGCUAUUUGGGCAUGGCUAGGGGAAUUGUGGUGGAAGAGAAAUCAGAUGCAGUACUUCCAGCUCCAGAGGUAACAAUGUCACCACCAGAAGGCAACACUACAUUCAUUGAUGGCAUAACAUAUUGUGUGGCACAGCCUGGUGUUUCACAAGUUGACUUGCAGAAUGCUCUUGAUUGGGCUUGUGGACUUGGAAUGGCUGAUUGUAAAGCUAUACAGAAAGGUGGACUUUGUUAUGAACCAGACACACUUGUUUCUCAUGCUUCUUAUGCUUUCAACAGCUAUUAUCAGACUAAUGGAAAUUCUGAUAUUGCUUGCAAUUUUGGAGGAACUGCUACAUUGACAAAACAGAAUCCAAGUUAUGGAAGUUGUGACUAUUCUUCACCUGGAUCUGUUGGUUCUUAUGCUCCACCUUCAUUGGCAAGGCAGGACCAAAGUUUAGUGUGGUUGAAGCUCAUUCUUCCUCUGCUAUUGUUUUCAUAUUAUUGGAUUUGAGUAAUACUUAUGGACGGUGGACAAAAGGAAAAAGGAAUUAGAGGAAUAUGUUUAAUUAGGGAAUGUAGCUUUGUUAGCAUUUUGUAAUAGUGGUUAUGUUAUGCUAAGGUAUUCUUAGCUUUCAUGUUGAGCCAAGACAGGAAUCUAAACUUGUGCAAAUUAUAUCUUUUUGCAGUAUAUCUUUUGUGCUCAAUAUCCUUUUGCCAAGA